AUGUGUGACCCAUACCGGAGCUGCUCCAUCAGCGAAGAGAACGGACUCAGUGCCUCCUUCACCAUCGCUCAUGAGCUGGGCCAUGUGUAAGUACCUUCUACACUCCCCGUUCCCCUGCACCCCUGGCCCCCUCCUGGUCCUACCUCUCAGGCCCCCUGGGGCCUGCCCCGGUCUCGUACAACAAAAGCCCUCUUAUCCUGGUUUCAAACGCAGGUGCAAAGCAUAAUAAAGGGAAAAAGGGAUUUAAUAACAUGCCAACCUUAAUACCCUAGUAUAGCGGCCUGAGUUAACCCUGUAGGUGUUACAGCUUUGAGGAGGUAGCCAGGCAGCCAAUGGGCUCUGUAUGAGAGUCAGCUGAAAGUCACCACUGCCUGGGCUUUAGAUGUGGUGGACCAGGGGCCUCUGCAUGGGGCGCCCAUUAUUUUCAACUUGACGUCAGGAUGGAGGGAAGUCAUUGUAGGGACAAGUACAUAUCAAAUGUAUGGAAUUUAGUGGGGCCGGAGCACAAUUCAUUAUCAAAAGCUGAAUGAUGUGAGUUCUCCAAAGCUGACUUGUCCCCCAGCCUGUCCCAAACAUUACCCCUAAAGACCUGAACCGUAUAAAAUAGAGCUCAUCACAAUGUGGCCAUACUAUACUGCAUAAUAUAGCACUGUUAUGAUAACAGCGCUCCCCACUUGGGCCUGUUUUCAUAACACACGGAUGUCACCACGUAUGAAUGGAAAGAGAAGCCGUAUGCUUUGUGGCCAGAUGACCAAGUCACAACAUAUAGUAUAACCCAAACUCUCACAUGCCUCCAUGUAUUCUAAACAAAUCACCAUAACAUAACUUGGUAUAAAUGAUGUAUUUCUCUCUCUCGCUCUCUUCUCUCCCUGAUGGUGAAGGUGACAGCUUUACGUUCCUUCCGCUCUGGCCAGUUGUUGUUUGUUAGUAAAUGGAGCCAGUGUGAGGCAUUGGGUUAAGAAAGACAAUUAUUCUCCUUCCCCAUCAGUCAGGCUCAGUGCCGCUCCUCACACAUUCCUCCAGAGAGGCAGGGCUGGCUCUUUGGGUCUAACGAACAGAAACCAGCCCUCCUGUGUGGAUCUGUUUAUGCUGAAGUUCAAACAGCUGGCCUGGCAGUUGGCUUUCCCUCUUGGUGUGUUUAAUCGCUGGGCUGCGUUCACAAGCCCCUCUCCUGAGUGUGAUGGCUCCCAGUGCUCUACUCUCUGUAGUGACAGGGCUAGGAUGUUGCUGCUGUGAGGUUGUUACCAUCUUUCUCUCUCUGUCAGUGAUGACAAAGCCUGUUGCUGCAGUCCCUAAGGUUUUAUUUAUGUUCUCCCCCAAGUCAUACGGAUCCCAUUCAGGUCAUUUUCUUCACUGUGAUACACCCUUAUUUAUGGGGUGUAAAGACAUGAUUUGGAGGGAUGGCUUUGAUGGUCUCAUCUGUUUUGGAUGCAGCUUGUUUUGUUUCAACUCAAUGAGAGGAGUCUGACUGUAGAGACAGUAAACUGUAUGUUACAACUGGGGAAGAUAAUGAUGUACUGUAUGCACUUAAGACAUCAACUGAGCAACUCAGCAAAUCUCCCUCCUGAGAUCCCAUUUCCCUGACUGAACACAGUCCGUAUAUCUCUCUCAGACAGACAGAGAGCUAGGUCACUACAAACCCCACUCUACAGUAAUUUACAACUUCAUCAAUACAAUAGAAAGAAAUGAAAACGCUUCCCCCUGCCACCCCCACCUGCUCCUGCAGUAAACAUCACGCAGCUGUGUGUGUGUGUGCAUAUUUAGGACGACCUCAUCCCUCCACUAAAAGCACACACAGCCAGUUGAGGACAAACAGGACAUCCACUCAGCUCAGCUCAGCACAGUACAGCACAGUCCAGCAGCUAGGGCUGUUGCGGUGACCAUAUUACCGCCACAUCGGCAGUCAUGAGUCAUGACCGCAGUAAAAUUCCACGUGACCAUUGAGUAACGUAAUCUCCUUUUAUGCACGCACUCUGGACAUGCGUUGUUAGUACCCAAUUUGCUAACGACCAUCAGGUCCUAAUGGCCUGGUACUCAGGGCUCUAUUGUCCCUUUAACCACUCUGACGUCAAUGCAAAUGCAAUCGAAAAUCACAUCAAACACUUAUCAUCAAAACAGUAUGAGCUUUUAAAACUCACCUCACUGUGAUAAUACAUUUGAAGAAAGAAGUUCAACAGCAGGUUGAAACUGAGUGGAAAACAUGCUCAUUGUGGAUGUUGUUUCAAAGCUUAACAAUGAAAUGGACAGCGCUUUCUAAGGUGAUGAUUAAUUCAAAACACCCAUACGCAUAUUACAGCUUAUGCAUACGCAUAAUUGAGCCCAAGCCCAAAAAAAUACCUGAAUUAAAAUGAUGACUGUGCCUUAUACAAUACAUAGCCUACCGCAUACUACACAUGGCUGAAAAACAUAAAAACAAAACUGAUUUAAGAUGUCUUUGGUACAUACUUUAACUGGUCUAACUUAUACUCCAGAAUUAAACAAUUUAGAGUAAUCGCCAUUCAGUGUGGACUGUAUUAUUAUGCAUACUGGAUGGACUGGUUACCUAAUGCUACGCUCCAAAAUGUAUAUCCAUGAAUCUGGGAAAUAACGUAUAGCCCUAGGCAAUGCUGUUGGUUCAGGGUGCCUUACAGGUACUAUAAUUAUAGGUCUUUAAAAAAAGUGUAUAGCCUAGUAAUAGGGAGAUUUUUAUAUUUUCAUAAUUCAUUGGGUGGCACAUUACCUUUAGCUAUACAGAAUAUCUCACCACCAUGCGUUUCCAUCUCUCCUUUAUUCCUUUCUUGAGCAUGCAGAGGGGCUGUCAACAGUUUAGUGAAAUAUGUUUCGUUGCGAAAACAUGUUACUAUCGAUGUUCCCGAACAGAUUUCACUUGGUUUCCUAAAUGAAGCACUGGGUGGCUGCAGGAACAGGGUUGGAGAGCCCAUAACAUACAGAGUUUGGGCGGAAUAUCACCUAUCACGCAGCGAGAGCAUGCUCCUCAAACAGUUGUUGAUGAGUGAAAUAAGUGUUCUUGUAUAUAUUUCUCAGCUGCUCAUAUUAAGCACAGCUCCGCUUGUGAUGGGUGAGUUGAAGGAGUCAGGCGCAGGAGGGUAAAUCACAGAAUAACAGGAUGUAUUCCGGAAAACAGAGUUACGCAGUAAUGCGUCAAAACAGUCCAGUGCGCAAAACAGGCGCACUGGAACCAACAGUGCACACGGGGAAAAUAAUCUGGCGAUACAAAAUAAAAGGAGCUCCACCGAGCUUCACUAUCCUCACAAUAAACAAUCACACACAAAGAUAAGGGGGCAGAGGGAACACUUAUACAGGUACUGAGGAGUGUGAUGAACCAGGUGUGUGUAAUGAACAAGACAAAACCAAUGGAAUGAUGAAAUGAGGAGCGGCAGUGGCUAGAAGGCCGGUGACGACGAACGCCGAAGCCUGCCCGAACAAGGAGAGGCGGCAGCUUCGGAGGGAGUCGUGACAUCGCUAUAAAACCGAAGUAGCCUACCAGGCAUCAUUGAAAAACGGACCGGCAGGAAGAGAAGAUUAAUUUGAUAAUAGUCUGAUUGGUGAAAAUAUGAUCACUUGAUGAGAGAACAGCUGUGCAGCCUGAGGCAAGGAACAGAGCGCAAGCUUUUUUGUGACUUUCUCAAAUCAUCAAUAGUCUAUAUAGUCGCAUCAUGCAGCCCAUAUAUGUUUUGACUUCUAAGACAUUCUAAGGUUUGUAUCAUUCACAACUAAAGUUGUCAAAUAACUCAAAAUCUAGCGUAUAGGACCUGUUUUAAAUGAUCACUUUUACGCUCAACAUAGCCAGUUCAUAUGCACACUUGUUCCGGAAUGGGAAAAAUAUCCUUUCUAUUAUAUUCAGCUCAGUUCAAUUAUAUUCUUCUUACUAUAAAAGCAUAUCUUGUCAGCUAAAUGAACAAGCCUACAGCCUAUUGCAUGGAGCAUAGCCAGAUAACAUACAGUAGGCCAACUCGUAUUCUGUUCAUCGGAAAUAUAUUUUCUUCAUAUCAUAAUGUUUCUUUAGACCUGACUAAAUAAAUAAUGGAUUUAUUGUGAUGGUGUGUGUUAAAUACAUUUAUUAGACUUUUAAAUGUAGAUGUUCCAAAGGCACGCAUCAGCGGCUUGUAUGCGUGGAAGCCUGAAGAUGCUAAACGUGUUUAUGUUAAUUGCCGGUCAAUUACCGUGAGACCGGUAGUCUUUUGCAUGACAAUAACCGGCUGAAAAUAUGUCAUGAGCGCCACAGCCCUACAUCAAAAAGAUGAGAAACUUUAUAAGACUAUUCACUAUUUAGCUGCUAGAAUUAAUUCAAUCUGAGAUGUAAUGUGUCAAAGGCCCACAUCUCUACAGUCAUGGUCAAAAGUUUUGAGAAUGACACAAAUAUUAAUUUUCACAAAGUCUGCUGCCUCAGUUUUUAUGAUGGCAAUUUGCAUAUACUCCAGAAUGUUAUGAAGAAUGAUCAGAUGAAUUGCAAUUAAUUGCAAAGUCCCUCUUUGCCAUGAAAAUGAACUUAAUCCCCCAAAAACAUUUCCACUGCAUUUCAGCCCUGCCACAAAAGGACCAGCUGACAUCAUGUCAAUGAUUUUCUCGUUAACACAGGUGAGAGUGUUUUGACGAGGACAAGGCUGGAGAUCACUCUGUCAUGCUGAUUGAGUUAGAAUAACAGACUGGAAGCUUUAAAAGGAGGGUGGUGCUUGAAAUCAUUGCAUUGUUCUCCCUCUGUUAACCAUGGUUACCUGCAAGGAAACACGUGCCAUCAUCAUUGCUUUGCACAAAAAGGGCUUCACAGGCAAGGAUAUUGCUGCUAGUAAGAUUGCACCUAAAUCAACCAUUUAUCGGAUCAUCACGAACUUCAAGGAGAGAGGUUCAAUUGUUGUGAAGAAGGCUUCAGGGCGCCCAAGAAAGUCCAGCAAGCGCCAGGACCGUCUCCUAAAGUUGAUUCAGCUGCGGGAUCGGGGCACCACCAGUGCAGAGCUUGCUCAGGAAUGGCAGCAGGCAGGUGUGAGUGCAUCUGCACGCACAGUGAGGUGAAGACUUAUGGAGGAUGGCCUGGUGUCAAGAAGGGCAGCGAGGAAGCCACUUCUCUCUAGGAAAAACAUCAGGGACAGACUAAUAUUCUGCAAAAGGCACAGGGAUUGGACUGCUGAGGACAGGGUUAAAGUCAUUUUCUCUGAUGAAUCCCCUUUCCGAUUGUUUGGGGCAUCCGGAAAAAAAGCUUGUCCGGAGAAGACAAGGUGAGCGCUACCAUCAGUCCUGUGAUGCCAACAGUAAAGCAUCCUCAGACCAUUCAUGUGUGGGGUUGCUUCUCAGCCAAGGGAGUGGGCUCAAUCACAAUUUUGCCUAAGAACACAGCCAUGAAUAAAGAAUGGUACCAACACAUCCUCCGAGAGCAACUUCUCCCAACCAUCCAAGAACAGUUUGGUGAUGAACGAUGCCUUUUCCAGCAUGAUGGAGCACCUUUCCAUAAGGCAAAAGUGACAACUAAGUGGUUCGGGGAACAAAACAUCAACAAUUUGGGUCCAUGGCCAGGAAACUCCCCAAACCUUAAUCCCAUUGAGAACUUGUGGUCAAUCCUCAAGAGGCGGGUGGACAAACAAAACCCCACAAAUUCUGACAAACUCCAAGCAUUGAUUAUGCAAGAAUGGGCUGCCAUCAGUCAGGAUGUGGCCCAGAAGUUAAUUGACAGCAUGCCAGGGCGGAUUGCAGAGGUCUUGAAAAAGAAGGGUCAACACUGUAAAUAUUGACUCUUUGCAUUACUUAAUGUAAUUGUCAAUAAAAGCCUUUGACACUUAUCGAAUGCUUGUAAUUAUACUUCAGUAUACCAUAGUAACCAAAAAUAUCUAAAAACACUGAAGCAGCAAACUUUGUGAAGACCAAUACUUGUGUCAUUCUCAAAACCUUUGACCACGACUGUACAUCGUAGUUUCAGGUCAUGUUCAUUGAAGACCAUUGCUUAAAAAAAAAGAUGUUUAGUUGUCACAUACAUGUCCCUGACUGAGUCUGUAAUACCAACAUGUUUCAAGCAGACCACCAUAAUCCCUGUGCCCAAGGACACUACGAUAACCUGCCUAAAUGACUACCGACCCAUAGCACUCACGUCUGUAGCCAUGAAGUGCUUUGAAAGGCUGGUCAUGGCUCACAUCAACACCAUUAUCCCAGAAACCCUAGACCCACUCCAAUUUGCAUACCGCCCCAACAGAUCCACAGAUUAUGCAAUCUCUAUUGCACUCCACACUGCCCUUUCCCACCUGGACAACAGGAACACCUACGUGAGAAUGCUAUUCAUUGACUACAGCUCAGCGUUCAACACCAUAGUGCCCUCAAAGCUCAUCACUAAGCUAAUGAUCCUGAGACUAAACACCUCCCUCUGCAACUGGAUCCUGGACUUCCUGACAGGCCGCCCCCAGGUGGUAAGGGUAGGUAACAACACAUCUGCCACGCUGAUCCUCAACACGGGGGCCCCUCAGGGGUGCGUGCUCAGUCCCCUCCUGUACUCCCUGUUCACCCAUGACUGCAUGGCCAGGCACGACUCCAACACCAUCAUUAAGUUUUCCGACGACACAACAGUGGUAGGCCUGAUCACCGAAAACGAUUAGACAGCCUAUAGGGAGGAGGUCAGAGACCUGGCCGUGUGGUGCCAGGAUAACAAUCUCUCCCUCAACGUGAUCAAGACAAAGGAGAUGAUUGUGGACUACAGGAAAAAAAGAGGACUGAGCACGCCCCCAUUCAAAUCGACGGGGCUGUAGUGGAACAGGUUGAGAGCUUCAAGUUCCUUGGUGUCCACAUCACCAACAAACUAUCAUGGUCCAAACACACCAAGACAGUCGUGAAGAGAGCACGACAAGGAGACUGAAAAGAUUUGGCAUGGGUCCUCAGAUCCUCAAAAAGUUAUACAGCUGCACCAUCGAGAGCAUCCUGACUGGUUGCAUCACCACCUGGUAUGGCAACUACUCGGCCUCCGACCGCAAGGCACUACAGAGGGUAGUGCGUACGGCCCAGUACAUCACUGGGGCCAAGCUUCCUGCCAUCCAGGACCUCUAUACCAGGCGGUGUCUGGCCCUAAAAAUUGUCAAAGACUCCAGCCACCCUAGUCAUAGACUGUUCUCUCUGCUACCUUACGGCAAGCGGUACUCAACUAGCCGGUGCCCCCGCACAUUGACUCUGUACCGGUACCCCCCUGUAUAUAGCCUCCCUACUGUUAUUUUAUUUUACUGCUGCUCUUUAGUUAUUUGCUUUAAUUUUUUUUACUUAACACUUUUUUUAUUUUGCUUUGCAUUGUUGGUUAAGGGCGCAUUUCACUGUAAUGUCUACACCUGUUGUAUUCGGCGCAUGUGGCAAAUAAAAUUUGAUUUGAUUUGAUUUACACCGGAUAGGUGCAAUAAAAUGUGGUGUUUUACAGGGUCAGCCAUAGUAGUAAGGCUUCCCUGGAGCAAAUUAGGGUAAAGUACCUUGCUCAAAGACACAUCAGCAGAUUUUUCACGUUGUCGGCUCAGUUAUUCAAACCAGCAACCUUUCGGUUACUGGCCCAACGCUCUAACCAGCUAGGCUAUCUGAUCCACUGAGCAGCCGUCCCCCCUUCUUCCUAAUCGCUCUCUGUGUGUGUGUGUUCCCUUCCUCCCUCCUCCUCGGCAGGUUCAACAUGCCCCAUGAUGACAACCCCAAAUGCAGGGAGGCAGGCAUGAAGCACCAGUAUCACGUCAUGGCGCCCACCCUCAACUACGACACCAGCCCCUGGUCCUGGUCCAAGUGCAGCCGCAAGUACAUCACUGAGUUUCUGGAGUAG